AUGCCAGACCAAGAGGAGCGCUACGACACCACGGCUCCGCCCACACAACAUACACACAAUCUUACACACUCAGGUAGCUCAUACAACAUACACACAAUCACACACUCAGGUGGGGAGGUGCUGUUUGAGGUGGAUUGUACGCGUCUGUCAGAGUGUGUGUGUCUGCGUGGUCGACAGUUUGACCGUGUCAUCUUUAACUUCCCUCACUGCGGUCGGAAGAGUGGCGUGAAGAAGAACAGGCUGCUGCUCAAACACUUUUUCCUCAGCUGUGUGGGGGUGCUGAAGGAGGAAGGGGAGGUGCUUGUGUCUCUGUGCAACGGGCAGGGCGGGACUCCAGCCGACCGGCCAAUGAGAGAGUGGCACAACAGCUGGCAGGUGGUCGCCAUGGCAGCAGAGGCAGGGCUUAUCCUGAAUGAGGUCCGCCCCUUCGAUGGCGAGAAACCUGACAGUUACCAAUCCACCGGGUAUAGGUGAGCUGAUGGCGUCUCGGAGUAGGAGUGCUGAUCUUGGAUCAGAUCAAAAUUAAUGAGAGGAUAUGGACAUCGUGGCAAACCAACCAAUCAAUCAAAUGUAUUUAUAAAGCCCUUUACCCAGCCUAAAAGCCCACAGAGCAGAUACCCGGC